AUGUCGACUACCACCCACCGGAUCACUCUGAUCGGACUAGGCACCAUUGGCAUGUCCAUGGCUGCUCUCCAUCUCUCUCGUGACAAUACCAUAGUCGACGUAUUUGACACACGCCCUGAUUUUGAAGACUAUCUUGUGAAGACGCUUCCGAGCUUCCUAGCUAGCCCUAACUCUGAGACCGGUUCACAUCCAGGCGAAGUGGCUUCCCUGGUCUCGUCUGGCCGCCUUAACAUCCACUCAUCGCUAGCGACGGCAUGUGCAUCCGCCACCAUAGUCCAGGAACAAGGUCCAGAGAAUCUCGACUUCAAACGGUCGAUCUGGAAAAGAGUCGAGUCUUUAGCACCAGCCUCAGCACAUUUCUGGACAAGUACAUCAGGCAUAGCAGCGAGUGCGCAGCAGCAACAAUUGCAAGACAAGACCCGUUUGCUUGUGGUGCAUCCAUUCAACCCCCCACAUAUCAUGCCGUUGCUUGAGAUUGUGCCAGCGCCCGAAACGUCCCCAGAGCGAGUGGAGUUUGCGCGCGAGUAUUUCUCCAUUCCCGGGUCUAGACAUCGCCCCGUGGUCAUUCGAAAGGAAAUCCCAGGGUUCGUGGGGAAUAGACUGGCCUUCGCGUUGCUUAGAGAAGCUUGUCAUCUGGUGCAAGAAGACGUUGUGACGGCCAAAGACCUCGAUACCAUCCUCAUGGCCAGCCUAGGGCCGAGAUGGGCAGGAAAUGGUGUUUUUGAGAGCUACCAGCAGGGUGGAGGUGAAGGUGGCAUUGGAGCUUUUCUGGAUAAGCUGGGUGGGACAAUGCAAGAAGUAUGGGAUGGCUUGGGGCAAGUGAGCGUUGCAGAGGUGAAAGAGAAAGUGGUUCAGCAAACAGACGAAGCCUAUGGGACUUCGAUAUCGGAAGAGACUCGUUGGAAGAAGGAAGAACGACUGCGUGAGUUUUUGAAGGUGCAGACACAAAGAUAUUGA